AGCACACUGCUGCGCGCGGAAUAGCGGCUCCUGUCUCCGCGUUCUCCCGCGCGAGAAGAUUCGCCGCGCUCGAUUGCCCCCGCCGAGUCUUGAAAAAGGUCAGCGCUCCGCGCGCGACAGGUCACACGCGCGCCCCGCUCCAUCCGCGCGGCCUCUCGCCCGAGACGACCCAUCGGGGCCGCGACUCAUCCCAACGACGACGGCACCCCGGCCGCAUUGACCCCUCGGACACCUCGCGCCCUGGGACAUCCGCGGACGCACGGAGCGGAAUCGUCUCCCUUUCGCUGAGUAGGGGGGGGGGUGUGGGUUGCAAGUGGGAGGUGGUGGUGGUGUUCUCGGCUGCGUCUCCCGUCACUCCUUGGCGCACCACCACCACCACCACCCCUCCUCCUGCCCGAGCAGGGGGGCACGGCCACGCCAUGCGCAGCCUACCCCUGCUGUCCCCCCUGCCCCUCGUGCUCGUCCUGCUGCCGCUCCUCGCCUUCUCCGGGGGUCUCGGGGCCGCGAGGGCCUCGUCUAUCCGGCAGCGCCGGCCGUGGUGGGGCAUCGCCCAGUCGGGGACCCCAUCCAACCUGCUGCGGGCCCACGGAGGCCCUGCGGCCGCUGCGGAACCCACGGACUUGGCGCUCGCCCCGCUGGGCAAGCGGCAGCGGCGUCUGGUGCGGCACAACCCGGGCGUGCUGCACAGCGCGCUCGCCUCCGUGCACACGGCCGUCCGCGAGUGCAAGUGGCAGUUCCGCCACCGGCGCUGGGACUGCCCCACCACGGGCAGCGGUCCCGACAUCUUCGGCAAAAUCUUGCAGCGAGGCUGCCGGGAGACGGCCUUCAUCCACGCCGUGAUGAGCGCGGCGCUCGCGCACGGCGUGGCGCGCGCCUGCAGCGAGGGCAGCAUCGCCUCCUGCACCUGCGACUACGGGCGACGUGGCCGUGGAGGUCCCGACUGGGAGUGGGGUGGCUGUAGCGACAACCUGCCUUUCGGAACUCGCUUCGCCCGGGAGCUGGCGGCCGGGGGAGGAGGUGGCCGUGGCCGUGGUGGUGGUGGUGGUGGAGGAGGUCGUGGUGGAGGUCGAGGUCGUGGUGGUGUGGCCGGAGAGCGAGGAGGACGCGACGCACGUGCGCUCAUGGAUCGACACAACGAGGAGGCGGGCAUGCGGACCGUCGACUCAGAGAUGCGUCGCGAGUGCAAGUGCCACGGCAUGUCCGGCUCGUGCGCCCUCAAGACCUGCUGGCUGCGCCUGCCCCCGUUUCGCGCCGUCGGCGACCGCCUCAAGGAGCGCUUCGACGGCGCCACGCAGGUGGCCGACUACGGCCGAGAGGGCAACCGCGCCUCCAAGGACUCCGAUCGCGGCGGCGGCGGCAGCGGCGGCGGCGGCGGCCACCUGCGACCCGCAGAUCCGGCGCACAAACCGCCGGGAGGCCGCGACCUCGUCUACGUGGACGAGUCGCCCGAGUUCUGCCACGCGGACACGGCGGGGUUGUCGUGGCCGGGAACCCGCGGUCGCGUCUGCGUCCGCGGCUCGCCGGGUCUCGGCGGUUGCGAGCUGCUGUGCUGCGGGCGCGGAUGGACGAGCAGGGAGGCGCGCGUGAGCGAGCGGUGCCUCUGCACCUUCCACUGGUGCUGCACCGUCACGUGCCAGAACUGCACGCGGGUGGAGACUGUGCACGAGUGUCUGUGACUGCCUGCGGCGUGACAGCGGGUGGGUGGGUGGUGGGGCAGAGGGAGGCCGUGGUGGUGUGAUGGGUGAUGAUGGUGUUGGGUGAUGCGUUGCGACGAGUGAUGGUUUGGUGUGAUGAAGUUGGACUCCUCUCUCGCCGCCGUACCGAGACAGAAACGAUUAGAAUGAGACGGCAUCACGAGACGGAUAAGUUAUUCGAUUAUUGAAUCGAGUCGUGACGCCGAAUCAUGACAAACGUAUCGAUUUGCCUAUGGAUGUUGAACUUCUUUCGCGCCGUACGUCGCCAACCGCGCUCAUUUGAGCUUGCGGGGGAAGGACAACAAACUAAACGAAACAAAAGCUGUUCCGAAGCAAUGAAUUUCCGAUCCGUAUUGAAAAGUGCAUAGCUCCAUUGGCUUCCGAAUAAGUGACCGGUUGUGUCACGCGUCACGAGGUGAGCGUCCCUGUGAGCGCUGGGCGAUGUGUCGUGUCAUGGGUGACGUUUGAACGGGUUCCGUGGUGGGUGAGGAGCGUGCGCCUGAUGUGCGAAGAUGGUGUGAAGGACUGUGCCCGAUGGCUGAUGUCCUAUGCAUCGUGAGUCGUGGCGUGUGCGAUGAGCGACGCUGUCACCAUCCAUCCUGUUCGUCAAGGGACACAGCGAUCCACCCUCCCUGCCAGGGAUUCUUAGUUUGUUCUCUUCUGUCGAACUGCAUAAAUUGUAAAUAAUCGCAUGAUUUCACGCAUGUAUUGUGAAUGUAAGCAUCGCAUUUAAUUGACUUGUUGUUGUUCUUGCCUAGAAACACUGGUUUAACAAAUGCUGCUUGAAAACAUUGGGCCCUUAAAAUGUUUUUUUUUCUACUUCACCUUUAGGUGGACAAGGAGGGAUGAGAGAGUCUCCUCAUUCGUCUGUUUGUUCGUUUUAUUCGUCACGUAGUGCGUACAGCGAACAGCAACGUGCCUGUCUGUGUGAAGGCCUACGAGGUUUUACACGCUGCAUUUUUGAUGAGCUUCUUCGACAGGCCGGUCAUCUUUAGGGUGUAACUAACACCGAUAAGCGGCGAUGUUUUUCAAUCGAUCGUCCCCCCCCUCCGCCUUCUCCACACGCGCGUGUAGUCGAGUCAACAAACGAACACGGAAAAUCAAAAAUGGGGAAUUGGCCGAAACUUUCGGAAGCAGUGACCUCUUGAAAAAGUCCCGAAUCUCAAAGAAGCUUCCCAGCCUGUGUCAAAUGGAGGACACCUGCUUUUUAUGACAUUUUGCAAGUGUGAUAUCUGUUUCGGUAGCAGUAAUGUCAUUGCUUGACACAUGUAAGCUGACUCGAUUAUGUGCCCACACGUUUAAAAUUGUUGGGGUAAAAUUACAAUUGUGUACAUGAACAGGCCACGUACGUAAGAUUACUCAUGCUAGCCUCAUAGGGAUAAUUUACAGCCUACUUUUAAUUGUACGAUCUACCCACACAACGAGCGUUAUUCUUAUUUUCAGCCAAUGAAUCUACCUGGGACAUUUUUUGGCAGUAUAUUAAAAUAUAACAACGGGUUUUGUCCUUGAUUUGAAGCUUUCGUGGCUGCAGGAAUCCAUACUCUUUGGUUGUUUCGGUAAAGCCACGUGGGUAGAAAAAAUAAUAGGUCACGACGUGUCGA